UCAAAGUUGAUACUAGCGCGCAACCUGUGGACGAGGAUCCCCUUUUAGCGGCGGGGGACAUGAACGCUCGAAUUCCACACAUCCUGCCGAAAAAAAAAACAAAAAACCAAGAAGAGGGCGUACUUCCGACGACGACGACAACGGCGGCGACCCAGGUUUUGCCUCGAUCCGAAAGACCCGAACCGCCAUGAACGACCCCUCCUCCUUUUAUAAUAACGCCAACACCACCAGCGAAGAACAGGUUAAGACAAUCCCAGUCCCGGUGGAGAUCGUGAGCGAACAGGAGAUGGCCUUUAUCGAAGCCGCCCUCGCCUCCACCCGUCCCCUUCUCUCCUCUACUUCCUCCUCUUCCUCUUUGUCUUCCUCUCCCGCUCGUCUUGCCCUCGUCUCCGCGCUGCCUUCCAUCCUCUCCCCUCUCCGGAGACCCACGGGCUCCUUCCACUCCACCGCCUGCUUCCGCCCCCUGCCGGCGCCCCCCGACAUCGAGGAUUCCGCGGGAUCGUCCCGUCCCAAGUCGCUCCUCCACCAGUUUCGCUCCAGGAGGGGCCUCACCGUCACCGACAUCACCGCCACGGAAUGGUGUGAAAAGCAAAUGGAAUUUGUCCUACUGCACGGGAAGCCGAGAAGAACUGAAGCUAUGAAAGCAGGCUCUGACCGCCAUACCCAACUUGAAAAAGAGGUUGGAGAAAAGGUAGAAGUUCAGAUCAAGUCUGUUGAAGACUCAUGGGCGGUGAAGUUCAUGAAUUUUAUUGUUGGAGCAAACCAGUUAAUGUUUGAAGGUUUAACUCGUGAGCUUCCAGUUAUAGGAGUUGUCGAGGGUGUAUGGAUGAUUGGAGUGGUUGAUGAAAUCCGAAUGCCCGUAAAUGAAGCUACUCUAAACCCCAUUUUGGUAGACACAAAAACACGCUAUAAAGCUACACUUCCUUCAGAAGCACAAAAGAGGAAUGCAAGGCUUCAGUUGAUGUGCUAUAAGUAUCUAUGGGACAAUUUGGUUGCCGAUACAUUUCCUACUGAUCAUUUCUUCAACCAUUUUAACUUGAAUCCCCUAUACACAUUAUCUGGGGAAGUUAAAGAGUACAUUGCUUCAUUAGGCUUUCAUGCAAAGACACUUGAAGAUGUGUUUACAUAUUUUCGAGACGCCUGUUGUUUGCUCUCUCCAUCUCAGGGGCAGCUCCUCUUGAGAUAUGAAUUGCAGUCAGAUCAUUCGUUGCUUGAGGAAUAUCAUUUUUCUUAUGAUGCUCUGUGGUUUAAGAUUCAGGUCCAAGAGUGCCUCAAGUUCUGGUUGGGAGAGCGAGAUGCUAAUUAUGUCUCGCAGGAUGAGAGGUGGAAAUGUCAGUUCUGUGCAUUCACUGCCAAGUGUCCUCUGACAGCUACAUCUAAUAAAAGAGCAGAAUAAAAAGGAAAGCUGGCUCCCCGGCUUCGGAACUCUCUUUACUCUCUUUGUACGGAAUUUAAAUAUGUAACCGUGUAUACCUCUGUUCUGGCUCUCUGCUAUUAAAAGGAAGCAAGCUUGAAGCAUGGCUGCUGUUAAAUCUGUAGAACCGCUAUCAACUAGCAGCUGUUCUGAAGUAGAGAAAGUUCAAGCCCUUCUGGUUGCAGGUUGGUGCAAAGUGACAUUACCGGCAAGAGACUAAAUAACAAAGAUUGGUCCUCACAGGGCUAUAAGAAAAUUGGGCUGCAAUCAUUUCCAAUCCAAGGAUUAAUUAUUGUAUCAGGGUACCAUGGCUUUCUUGCAUUCUCUGAUUGAAAGGUGGAUCUGCGGGUUGCUUAAGUAAUGGGCUUUGUCAAAUUUGAUGAGUCAAAAGUGCAAUCAAUGUUGAGACCACCCUAACAGAUGUUGGAUUUUUUUGUUAUUAUUUUUAUUCAAUGUCAUUCUUUACAAGAAAAGAAAACGUACGGUAAAAUUCUUGACUAUCUUUUCUGGGAAAUAAAAUUCUUGACUAUCUUAUA